GUUUGUUUCAAAAAAAUCAAUAAACAUCUGAAAAACUCAAUAUUAAAUUUUUAAGGAAUUGAAAUGUUCAAAUCAUUAAUAAAAGCUCUUCGCUUAGCAACAUGCAAAUUAUCUAGCUCAGUAGUCAUUCCGAUUAUCAUUUACAUAAUAUUUAUAACAUUUAUGCUCAAUUUGACAUUCCCAAAUGGAAUUGGUAAACAACGAGGACAUCACAAUAAUAAUCUUGAUAUAUCCGAUGAAGAAUCGUCAGACUCUGAUGAGCAUCCAGGAGAACUGAAUCGAGUGUUUCACAGUGACACAAUUCGCGAUGGAAUGUUUCAGGAGCCACAAGUUCUUGGAGAUAAUUCUGAUCCACUGACGAUCAUUAAAUUUGCAUAUAAAAAGGCUGACGCAAAUUCUGAUGGACUUGUAACAAUUAGGGAACUUGCAAAGUAUAUUAAUUUAAGAAUUCGUGACCAUAUUGACACAUCAAUCAAAAGAAAUCCACAAAUAUUUGCUGAGAUUGAUAAAUCACCAACUGAUGGACUUGUUAGCUGGAAUGAGUAUCAUACGUACUUUUUGAAGAAUCUAAAAUUAGAUCUUGAUGAAAGCUACAUUACAAGUCACGAUGAGACUAAACAUGUGAAGCUUGAUAGGAAAUCUAAAGAGGCUCUUAUGAGAGAUAAGGCUCGAUGGGCAGAAGUUCUAAGUUCAGAUCCAUAUGCAUUGACUCUUGAUGAAUUCCUAGCAUUUAUGCAUCCUGAAGCUAGUACAUCAAACUUACUGAAUGUCGUUGAAGAUAUUCUCAGGCAUUUUGACAGCGAUGGAGAUGAUCAGCUUACUGUCGAAGAAUUCACAAACACAUUCAGUUCCAAUGCUGAAAAUAAGAAAUUAUUCAUAAGUGAUAAUUUAGAUGAAAGAAAGGCAGAGUUUAAGAAGUUGAUUGAUAAGAAUCGUGAUGGAAAGGCUGAUCGAGCAGAACUUCUUCAAUUUGUCGAUCCACGAAAUUCACGAUAUGCAAUUCAAGAGGCAGCUAUGCUGAUAAGUCUAGCAGACAACAAUAAAGACAAGAAGCUAACAAUUGAUGAGAUGAUUAAUAAGCAAGAUUUAUUUAUGGGAUCAAAAUUUAUAAGUUUAAUUGAGAAUUUUCAUAAUGAAUUUUAAGCUAUUUUAGUGAUCUCUUGAUUGAUAUUAUUUUAUUAUUAUUUUUAUUUUUAACA